GUCUGCCAAGUAGUCAAGAUGGAGGACGGUAAGGAAGCCAAGGAUACGGAGAGGAAGGGACCAUUGGACCUUGAUGAUGUGCUGGUGAAUGAGUUGGGACAGUUCGGUAGAUUUCAGUUCAGAUACAUCUGUUUGGUUGCGAUACCUAUUGCUACCUCAGCGUUCUUCAGUGAAUAUAUCUUCUCAGCAGCUGCUAUUCCUCACAGGUGUCGUAUCGAAGAAUGCGGCGAGUUCAGCAAGAGCGUGACCUUCGAGCCAAGUUGGAUCCUCAACGCGAUCCCCUCAACAGAUUCGGGGUUCGCAAGCUGCCAGCGCUACGCGGCGCGUGCCGCGGCAGGCAACGGAACUCUAGACACGUGCCCGGCUUAUCUGUUUGAUACCUCGACCACUAUCGACUGCGACGGUUUCGUUUAUGGCAGAGAUAACUCAAUAGUGUAUGACUUCGACCUAGGGUGUCAGGAAUGGCUCCGGGCACUCCCCGGGACUCUCAACAGCGUCGGCACGCUCCUGGUCCUGCCCAUAACCGGGUACAUCUCUGAUCGCUUCGGGCGUCGUGUUGCUCUGUUAAUCAACGUGUUCAAUAUGUCACUCAUCGGUCUCCUCAAAGCCUUCAGCGUUAACUACUACAUGUACAUGACGCUGCAGAUUCUACAUACAACACUUGGAGCCGGCAUAUUUAGUUCAGCCUACAUCUUUGCUGCUGAAGUGGUCGGCCCCAAGUACCGCGUUGUGACUAGUGCGAUCUCCUCAUCCAUGUUCGCAGUAGGUCAAGUAAUCCUUGGAGCCGUCGCCUGGGGGGUGCAACCCUGGAGAUACUUCAUCAUGACUCUGUUCAUACCGUGCUUCUUAAUGAUAUCCUACUACUGGAUCCUAUCAGAGAGUAUCAGGUGGCUUCUAUCGAAACAAAAGUUCGAUGAAGCACGGGCACUCCUAGAGAAAAUAGCUAGAGUUAACAGAAAAGUUAUAAGUGAGAAAAGUAUGGAAGGGCUAUUAACACCACCAACGGAAACUGAGCCAAAGGUGGAGAAACGCAAUCCUGUUAAACUUAUCCUCCGUUCUCCGACCAUGCUACGGCGGGUCUGCACCACGCCAAUCUGGUGGGUGACAACUACCUUUGUAUACUACGGCCUGUCCAUCAACUCCACGAGUCUCUCAGACACAAUGUACCUGAACUUUAUCCUGACCUGCGCCAUUGAAAUACCUGGCUACUUCACUGCUGUACUGGUUCUGGACAGAAUCGGAAGAAAAGCUGUACUGUCUGCAGGAUUCUUGUUUAGUGCAGCGUGUAAUAUAGCCUUUAUUUUUAUAUCUGCAGAUCUGACCGUGUUCCGGCUGAUCGUCUACCUGGCGGGCAAGUUCGGCAUAUCGCUAGUGUUCACGUCAUUGUAUCUCUACACAUCGGAACUCUACCCUACGGAGUUCCGUCACAGCCUGCUCGCCUUCUCCUCCAUGAUCGGUAGGAUCGGUUCCAUCACUGCGCCCCUGACACCUGUUCUCGCGGACUACUGGCACGGUACUCCGUCAGCAAUGUUUGGUGCUAUGGGGCUGCUCUCUGGAUUGCUGGUUCUUACGCAGCCGGAGACUCUUGGCACCAAGCUGCCAGAUACUCUGGAGGAAGCUGAGGUUAUUGGCUCACCACAAUCGAAGAUAGUUAAUACAUAAUAUGCAACUAUGGAUGAUACGACGUAUGGAGUUACAUUUAAUAAUAAGUGUUAGGUUACUUUAAGUUUUAUUUAGUUGUAUAGUCUAAUAUUGAUAAUAAUUAUAAAUUGCGUGGUGAUUCUUAUAACUGAAAACUUAGUUUAAUUUACGUAUUAUAUGUUAUUUUUGUUUUA